GACCGACGCCGAGGCCACCCUCAGCGUUGGGUUCUUGCAGGUACGGAGGUCAAGGAGCCCGGGUGAAAUCUAUUUCACCUCAUUGGAACCGUCUAUGGGACCCGUUCAAGAAGCCAAAAUGGAGUUCCAACCGAAAAAAUACGAAAACCUCAUUCUUCUCCACCGGCCGCCGCCACAGCCGCCGCCACCUCCGCCGCCGGCCGCCAAAAAAUGUGUUCCAGUCAGAAAAUAGUUUACAUCAUCGGAUAGAUCUCUUCAAGGUGAUUCUACCCAUAAAAUUUCAUGCAAAAAUUCAUCCGGGAAGACCGUCAAUGGUCAAAGUUUCUAGAUCUAGCAAAAAUUCGUUUAACUUUGAGGUCAUGGAUUGCCCUGAUAGAUAUCGCGUAAUUUGCGCUCAGCUUCAGCUCACCGGUGAUGCCAGGCUCUGGUGGAACGCUUAUUGGAGCAUGCGUCCCGGCGAGAAGGCGGGAUGUACGUGGGAGAUGCUCAAGGAGUUAAUCCGCGAAAAGUACUACCCCACAUACUACCGAGCAGAGAUGGAGCGUAAGUUUCUAUCGCUCCAGCAGGGUACUCGUACUGUUGACGAGUAUGAGAGGGGGUUCACUAGACUUGCAGCUUUC